AUGCCCAUCAACCUGAUGCAGCUCGGAGUCGCACUUGCGACAAAGGAGUCGUCGCUGGAAUGGCUCCAAUCCAACGGCAUCCUCCCGAAAACACGAAAGUGUCCCUACUGCGGCACGGUCCUAACGGUAAACCUAUCGGAAAGCGAAUACGGCAAGUUCAGGUGCCAAAAAAAUCACGGGGAUAAUGGGUCUUUUCGACAAUCAGUGACGGCGAACACCUGGCUUGAAGGCACUCGUAUGUCAGCGAGACAGGUGAUCGCACUGACUUACUCUUACGCUAGGGACUACAACUACGACACGGCUGUCAUAGAGUCAUCAUUCGACGGCAAAAAAACAUCACGAGAAACUGUCGCAGAUUGGUACAACUAUUGCAGGGAGCUGUGUGGUAACAUUCUAAAAACUACCUAUUCGGACAUGGGGCAGAUUGGGGGAGACGGCCAUGUCGUAGAGGUAGAUGAAUGCAAAAUUGGGAGGCGAAAAUUCAAUAAGGGGAGGCUCGUAGAGGGGACAUGGGUAAUUGGCAUGAUUGACAUCCAUACUAAUGACCUACGAUUGGAAGUUUGUCGGGACAACAAGCGCGGUGCGAUAACACUACUAUCGCAAAUCAAAAACAAUGUAGAAGAGAAGUCUGUAAUAAUCACUGAUUGCUGGAAAGGCUACAUGGGGCUCGAUCAGAAUGGAUUUGAACACUUGACAGUCAACCAUAGCUUAAACUACAUCGAUCCGGACACAGGGGCCAACACAAACCAAAUUGAGUCACAGUGGAGGCCCCUCAGACAAGAAUUGGCAAGGCGGGGCGUCAAAAAUGACAGCAUGGGGGAGCAUCUGUUAGAGUUUUUAUGGCAAUCAGGACACAUUUGA